AUGUCUGAGAAAUUCAAGACACCACCCGAAGAUCUCGAGGCGACGACGUCUCACUCGAGUGGCUUCUCGCGGUUUGCCUCGUUAUUUGGCGGCUCCAGCGUUUGGGUUGGUCCCCGUAUAGCACCGCUGCCCGCCUACCUCAAGAGCGAUCUCUCUGAAAGCGAAGAGUCCAGCGAAGCAAUCCUCAACCGACAGCUCGCAUCGGAAGAUGGCACCUCGAUCCAAUAUCGAACUUGCUCAUGGCAAAAGACUGCGGCGCUUCUCUUCAGCGACGUGCUGGGUCUCGUCCCCGGCUUGAUCUUGACUGUUGUUGUUGCAGCCCUUGUGCUCUAUACAAGUCUUGUCCUGUGGGAGUUUUGUCUGCGACAUCCAGAGGUGCGCGACGUGUGCGACAUUGGCCAGAUGCUCUUCUGGGGCAAGGAAUGGGCGUGGUGGUUGACUGCCAUCAUGUUUGUCCUGAACAAUACAUUUAUCCAGGCUCUUCAUGUUCUGGUUGGCGCAGAGUACCUCAACACCAUGACUGCAAGCGACAAGGUUGGCGGCUGCCGUACCGUUGAGUUUGGCGUCGUGGUCACAGUCAUUUGCUUGAUUGCGUCUCUGCCUCGCACGUUCAGCAUGAUGUCCAAGCUCGGUACCGCGUCGGCAAUCUUUACCUUUAUCUCUGUGUUGCUGGCAACCAUCUUUGCGGGUGUUCAGAACAAGCCCGCAGGAUACACUGCGGCUCUGGGCUCGCCCAUUGUCACGGCUAUUCCAGUCAAGGGCACGACUUUUGUCAAUGGCAUGUCGGCCUUCCUCAACAUUAGCUACACCUUUAUUGGCCAGAUUACGCUCCCCAGUUUCAUUGCUGAGAUGCGCGAUCCUCGGGAAUUCCCCAAGUCGCUGUGGGCCUGCACGAUUGCCGAAAUCAUCGUCUUCUCCAUUGUCGGUGGCGUCAUCUAUGCUUACACUGGCAACCAAUAUGUCACGGCUCCGGCGUUUGGAUCGUUGGAUGAUCUCUACAAGAAGGUUUCCUUCUCCUUCAUGAUCCCAACUCUCAUCUUCCUCGGAUGCCUGUAUGCCUCGGUGACGGCCCGCUUCGUCUUCUUCCGCGCGUUUCGCAACUCGGUGCACAUGAAUAGCCACACCGUUGUGGGAUGGGGAAGCUGGUUCGGCAUCCUGCUCGUCACCUGGAUUUUCGCCUUUAUCAUUUCUCAGGUCAUUCCCUUCUUUUCUUCACUCUUGUCCGUCAUGUCAUCCUUGUUCGACAGUUGGUUCGGCUUCAUCUUUUGGGGCGUUGCGUACCUGCGCAUGCGAAACGCGGACAAGCAAGUUGGGCGGAAACGCAACAGCAUUACUGCAGCGUUCUCCACGGCCGUGAACAUUGCCAUCAUCAUCAUGGGCGUGUUCUUCCUGACAGUGGGCACAUAUGCCAGUGUACAGGGCAUCAUCGAUCAAUUCGAUGCUGGCACAGUCCACGGCGUGUUUUCUUGCAAGAGCAACGGAAUAUGA